ACCUUUAACUGGCUCACGGGGGAAGCGGGGAACUAUACAAAUGUGCCUUUUGUAUGCUGGGACCGUAUUCAGGGCGAGCUCAGCCGAGCCGGUUUGCUGAAGAGGGAUUCGAAUCCUGGUGCAUGCUCACAAUCAUGAUCAGCGGAGAACAGGGCCAGGGUUGAGCGAGGCAAGCGUGAGGGUUGACAUUCUAGCAGGUCCCUCGUUGCAUGCAAGAUCCGAGACUGCGAUUGGAAAGAUGACACUGAAAUGCUGGCCUGGCCUGGCCGGGCUGGGCUAGGCUGGGCUGCUGGGCUGUUCGUUCCAUCCUCUUCAGUUGGUCAAAGCUCGAAAAGCAGUGCGUACUGUGAUGCCAGUGAUGUCAGUGGCACAGUGGGUCAAACCUCAGAGCAAAGCAGAGCAAAGGGAAGGGUAAAAAUUGCUCAUGGCAUGGUUCAUAAACCCCAUCAACUCCUGAGAUCAUCACAGCUCUGAGCUCUCUCUGUGUCUCUCUCGGCUCUAACUUCAGCACCAUGUCAACGAAAAGAACACAAUCCUUCCACGGCGAUGACUCGCUUUCUCUAUCGUGGCCCGAGAGAAAGACACACAAUCUCCGUCACAGCAGCGAUGGUCUCUAAAGAUAGAAGGGUGUACGACCCCGACUGUUCGGUACUCCGUCGUACGACGAUGACGACGACGGCAGUUUGAUGAAGCUCGCAUUUCUUCUUUACUACUGCCAAUCAAUCUUCCUCCUCCUCCAAGACGACGGCUCUCUCUCUCUCUCUCUCUCUCGCUUUCAUUCAUUCAUUCAUUCCCUCGUCGGAGAAUCUUUUCAUGACAUAAAUAUUGCAGAAAUUCCUGUGCUGCGUGGUCAACGAAUCGGCCCCUUGAGGUGCUAAUCACUCCCAGCGCCGUGGGCUAUCCAAUCUAUAAGCUUUUAGCUUGAGGUUUAGCGGGAAGGGACGUAGACCACUUGAUGCUGCUGCUGCAGCAGCAGCAGCUGCGGCUGCGCUGCAUUUACUGCAACCUGCAACGCAACGCUAUGGGCCUACAACUGUGCUCUCGGGUGUCGCUGGCCCAACCAGACUGUGCGUUUGGUUGCAGGUGGGGCGUGAAGAGCCAAAUCUGCUGAACUUUCCUUCACAACUGGGUGAGUCUCUCACCCUCACCCUCACCCUCCCCCAGGCUCGCCUCCUUCUCCGGGAGCUAAAUGUGGCCCUCAAGACGGCAGGCGUUGACGACACCGUCAUCAUGGGUGCGGAUUGGAUGAGCCACGGGUAGCUAGCUGCUGCUGUGCCCUUUCCAUGGAAUCGGAAGAAUCUUCCGCGGCCUUGUCCGAGCUUUCGGAUCGAUCGGAUGAAGCCUAGAGCAAGGUAGAAGUAUCCAAAGUUUGCUUGCCGUGCUCGAAAAUUCGAAUCAGAUAUUCCUGCCUGCGUUCGUGCCGGGAACUAGGGUGGAAUUCGGCAGCGAGGGUUUAUUCUAUUCCAAACGUCGACAGUUCUUUACCUUGCGACAAUUGCCACACCAUUUGCAGGACUUCAUUGGCUUCGGCCAUUGGUUCUUGGACCCUUUCUAAUGAACCUCCCCCGUUUGGUGUCCGGCUCCGUCAGGACUGUUCCACUGUGCUCUUCGUGGCAAAAGAGCUGCAGAUUUGAGCCUGAUGCAUCACAUGAAAUUGAAUGAUGGACUUUUAGGGGUGGGGGCUUUAGCCGGACGCCUUUUGGUUCUCGUGCGGCCGACGAGAGGGUUUGCGGGCGGGAGUCCCGAGGAGGUUCAUGUCACCACAAUGCCCCGUGUCUUCAUGACGAUUCGUCAAGUCGCGGAUUCUUCCCCAAUUCCGACUUGGAUCUCUGUAUCCAUUGUCGGCAAGCCAAGCUGGGCGCUACGGUGAUACGGGAGGGAUAGAGGCGGAUGUCGCAAUCAUAUAGUGUCGGAAUGGGAGUCGAUGGGUUGGAUGGGGACGAACGAUUGAGGGCUCAUUUUGCUCAAGGUAGGAGCUGUUUGGGAUGUGUGCGGGAGAGGUUUAGUUCGAGUGUUCAUUGCCACAAUUUGGGGUUUUGGAAUGGAAGCGGGACGUACCUCUGAAUACUCGAGAAAUUCGUUCGAUAACACCCAGAUUGUGUAUGCGAAAGAGUGGAACAGGGAAGGCAAAUUUCUCCACCAGAAAUUUCAUCUUGCUUCGUUUCCCACCAGAUUUUGAAAUCAUCUGUCAAAAAACGAGACUGCAUCAUGAGUGUCUUUGUCUGAGCUGUAUGAGCUCUGUGAAUCCUUUGAGCUGCAUUUGGGGCAACUUUUUGAUUCGCUGGGAUGAAGACUCUGCUGGAGAUCGUGCAGUGAUGGUUUGUUCCACAGGGUACUCUUCAGUUCUUUCUGAAGUUGCGAAAUGGCUAGCGAUCACUUGUCGUAUCUCUCUCUCCAGCCUGAAAACAUUCAGCUUAGAGAGUCACAUUCGCUCUUAUCUUCCCGAAUGCAUUGAAGAUUGUGAAAGUAUGGCGGUCCAAGGCACAGAGCUGACCGAGACUAUCUGCGAAUAUAGAUCGAAACAUCAUGUCGGUUCCUCCAUUUUCUCGUCCUGAAAGGGGAGUUUGGCCUGGCAUGGGACCUGGCAUGUGACCCUUAGACCGCUGGGCCCUAAGGGGCAGUGAGUCGAGAAGAUGGACGACCAGAAGAGAGCAGCUCUGGAGGAUCGUCUUAUUCAGCAGUGGAAAGAGAUUGAAGAGCUAGAAGCAGAUGAAGGCAGUAACGUAGAUGAUGACCGGUUCAAAGUUACUAAAGAACAAUGGUUUCUCCAGGCAUUCGCCUUUCUUAGAGAUCUGCCAGAGGACUCGCAUUGCUGGUGUGGGCAUAGGGAGAUCAUGCUUCCGCUCUUGGAACCCUUUUAUCUCUUUUACGAAGAAACGUCGUCCAACUCUUCUCUGAGAGUCCUAUGGAAACGUCUGUGCAAAGAGCUGAGGAGUUGUACAAGCUGUGUGGUCAAACAUCACAAGGCAAAGGAGUUUUACAUUUCAGAAUUUAUGGAAGAUGUUGUAAAGCCUUUGCUUGAUAUAAUACGAGCUCUUGACGAGGAGCGAGUGGCGGGACAGAUGAAGGAUCUAUUGGCCAAGUUUGAUGCAAAUUCACUAGAUCCAAAUGAAGACUCGGCAAGUGUUAUCUGUGUUAUGUUUGAGGUGCUCAUGUUUCCUCUCUUGUUAGAGGAUGCUGAAAUAAAUGACAUUUUGAAACCAUUUCUCAUCCAUGUCGAGGAAUCCCAUGACCUGUCUCUUGCAUCGGGUCAGCGGUACCCAGGUGUAUACAGUUUGCUGUGUCAUGCAGACCAAGGCGUAAGGAGGAUUGCCCUCAAGCUUGCUCAUUCUCUCCCUAGUUUCAAAGAUGAGCAGGAAUUGGAGUCAAUUCAGCCAUUUCUACAAAGGUGCCUGCACUGCCUAGAAUCUGAUGCAUUUGACUCAAGUUCUCCACGGACGGAUAGUGCCCUCCAACCAUCUCAAAGGAGUCUGGGUCGUCCGAGGGUUGGUUUCUCAAAGGAGGCUCUGUGGAUAGGACUGACAACCAUCUUAGGUCUUUUGGAAGCCCCAGCAUUUUUGAAGGGUGUUUUGGAGCGCUAUCCAGUGUUCGUUAGCAUUGUACUCAAUCAUGUCAGUGAAGCAACAUCCGUCUUCUGGAACGCCCUGCGAUGUCUGAAACUGCUCUUGGAGGUAUUAGGAUACAAGCUGUGGCUGGGCAUGAACUUCUCGCCUGGUGUGAUGCGGAACACACUUCUCAGCCAGUGCUUCCACUCGCACGAGGAACGCAUGCAUGUGCAUAUCUUCGACUUGUUUCAGCCCUUUCUCCAGUCCCUCGAGGCUCUUCAGGAUGGAGAAUUCGAGAAUCAGCGCAGAAGGCUGAUUUAUUUUCUUCUGAUGCAAGUUCCAUGUAGCAGCAACUUCAAACCGCUUGUGAAUAAGAAAGCUCGGCAGGUUGCUUUCUCUAUAGUAGGGCGUGGGUAUACCAUGGAUCCACCCUCGCCUCCGGUGGAAUGCGUGCAUGUUUGGGGACCGCCUUUGGUAGCGACCCUGAAGGAUACGUCCCUCAUGAAGGCUGUCCGGCAGUCGGCAAUUGAUUUGAUGCAGUCCAUUUUUGUAGCUGACGCAGCGGCGUUGGCUGCUGUUACAAUUCAGCAAGCGAGUACACCAAGUGCGAGGAGGUACAUGCUUGAUAUAGGAGACGACGAUUUCGACUCUGUAUUUGAAGAGGAGAUGCCCAACGGAGAAGCGGAGGUCGUGGCAGACAUCAAGUACUCGAUGUCCUUUCUGUCUGUUACCCGAUCCGUGGAAGCUUGUGAAGAAUGGUCCUGCCUCCCUCUUAUCUGGAUUGAGGUUCUCAGUGCAACUUUUCCGGUAAGUGUCCCUCGUUCAUUUACCAAAUCCAUCAUGUGGGCUCUAAGUCGUCUUUCACUGGUUGACCUGGAAGCAGUGUCAAGUCUAAACAGUGGGAAGGUGGGUAGUGAUGUCAUAGCCUGCUCCGAUGUCAUUUUGGCCGCCUUACAGUGGGUAAAGCCAAAAGGAUAUGAUGACGGUGCUGGUGGGGAAGGUUGUGCGAAUGCAGUCAAGUCCAAGGCACAUCUCAAGGAACUGGUUGGAAUUCUGAAAAGGCAAGCAGAGAGCUACGUAAACCGUUUGGGGGAUGGUGGUUUUGAGCAGCAGGAGGCCUGGGUUUGGGAGCCAAGAAUGGCCGAGCCAGUAGUGCUGUUGUUAUUGGAUGCAAAUUCAGUUUUCAAGGACUUUGGGAAGGAGAUACUUCGUCGCACUGCAAAUGCUAGCACCUUGGAGAGUGGGCUUGAAUUGCUUUGCACUAGCGAAGCUUCUGCUGCCGCUGUAAGUCGAGGACUGCAUUAUGCGUCAAAACUUUUUCUGCGCUGGCCAUUGACGCAGUGCGCAAGAGGACUUCAACAGCUCUUCUUCCACGUCUGGAAGCUGCUAGUACUGGGAGAGACACCCGAGAAGGAGAAGCUCACAAGCCUUUCACAGGUCUCUCAAGAUGGAGGAUUUCUUAGCCAGCCAACGUUCCCAAGUUUGAGUACCUCCACCGAGAUAAUACCUGCAACCCAUAAGAUACGGAGAGACGAGGAAGUUUGGAGUCGUCUCUGCAGAGUUGUUGCGAGCCAUAUAUGGCCCUUGUUGGAAAAGACCUUAUUUGAGGGAAGACAGUACGUUGAUGGUGCAGGUCAGUUGAUGACUUUCACGAGAAUGUUGCAACUCUUACCAUUGGUCUGUCGCCAUCUAGAUCCUGCUCACAAGAAACGAGUAUUUACAGUUCCUAGCCUGAAGCAGUGCUCGUCUGCCGAAGAGAGCAGUGAUUUGACAUGGUUUCAAGCUCUUGUCAGAUGGGGGGAUCUUGCAUCAGCCAUCAUACAGAGGUGGUGGAAAGAGGCCGUUGUGUCCAUCCUCGAGGAUCUGCGGAAAACUCAACUUGUGUCUUCUUCUAUCGUGGAGGAUGUGAUUGUGGAGUUUCGGAAGCCAGGAUUCUCACUGGGAGAGAGUUGCAAACUUCAGCUGGGUACACUUCUGCAGUCUUUAUCAACUACACUUGAGAGUCAAGGAUUUCUGGAUAAUCUACCUCGGAGACUUCCAAAGGUUCAGUCAAGUGACACCAACGGGCAGCUGAGCUGGCCGUCGAUUACAAGCACACAGGCCCUACCUUCGAGAUUCCUGAAGGACGGUAGUAUACCUGUAAGGCAACAAGAGGGAUACAGGGAUAUCAUCGAUCUCACAGAGGAUGAAGAUAACUACGGUUCAGCAUCCUUAUCGCUUUCAGAGAUGUCGAUAUCAAGUAAUGCAGCUGGUGCGUCGACUCAACCUGGAGAAUCCUUGGGUGACUACAAGGCCGAUGCUGGGUUGGAUACAACGACCAGUUCUACAAACAGGGACGAGGAAUCGCUGUUUAAGCGACCUUCAAUUCGGCAUAGACCCUCCUCCACUCUUGACAAUUUCCUCACAAAGGCUCGAAUUGAUCAGCUGCUCGGACAAGCAAGCAAGGGAGGAGUGAUCCAGCCCUCGGGCAAGUCCACCCCUUUUAAACCACCUGGCUAUAAGAAAUACAAUGCCAAGCCUCAAAAGCCUGCAGGCAAACUGUCUUCACUCAGGGCGGAGCAUCGGACAGGCCUCGAACAGCGAGCUGGGGUCGAAGAUGUCGUGCGAAUGCAAGUGAGAGAAAGAGUUGAAAGAGAAGAAAGGGCCAAGAGAUUAGCUGCUUCCGAAGCUGCCACUAGUGUUAAGAAAGAUCUGAAAGUUCCAACGCCGGCAGUGGAGCAAGCAUCUACCAAAGCCGCCGAUCCGGACUUGAAAACCAAGUCUUCAGACGCAAUCUUGAGGCAGCUCGUCAUUGGCAACGAUGUAGAUCCUCUGGAUCAGGCCCUGGAAAAUGUCAGAAAGACCACUGGACUGAAAGACAUGAUUUCUAAACCAAGACGGCAGUUGGUUCGGCUGGAAUUACCCGGUGAAGGUGGAAAAGGAGUAGGGAAUGUGGUGAAGACACCGGAACUGGUCAUAAAACCUCGUGUUAUUCCUCGAAUGGAUGACUGGUACAGGAGAAUUCUCUCUCUAAAUUACUUAUCUUUAGUGGGAGUGGACGAUGAUGAUCUAGCCAACUUUGGAGAACGACUUGAGAAAGUGCCCUUGACUUUCAAGUCUUCAGAGCAAUACAUGGAAAUCUUCCGACCAUUACUAAUGGAUGAGUUCAAGGCCCAAUUACAGCGCUCUUAUGAGGAGCUGAACUUGUCUGAUAGCACGACAACUGGUGUCGUGAGAUUAAUGUCCUUGGAGAGAGUGGAUGAUUUUAACCUCGGUCGCUUCAUGGCCGAAGCAGGUUCCGAUGCUGCACCAAGAUCGUGUGCAGAGAACGAUCUGAUUUUGCUUAGCCGGCAACCUAUGAGUGUCGGACAGCAGACUUGUCACUUGCUAGCCAAAGUUGAAAGCAGGGAACGAGAGAGCAAGAGUCGAGCCACGAUUCUUCUGAUGAAGAUUUACAUUAACAUGAGUGAUCCUCGUCUCACAAAAGCCAAACGCCUGCUGGUGGACCGCAGUAAGUGGCAUCUCACCAAAGUGAUGAACAUGUCUCCACAACUUCGAGAAUGCCAAGCGCUGUCUUCAGUUCCUUGUCUCCCACUGUUGCCUAUUCUGCUCACUCCCGACACUUCCAUCCCUGCCCAAGAAGCGAAGAGCACAGAGCACAGUAAGCCAUCACUUGACUUGCGUGGUUUGCCAGAAGCACUGCAGGAGAAAAUCACAGCGGAGUACAACGAGAGCCAGAUUCGUGCAAUUGCAUUCGCCAUUGGUGGGAAGGAAACCAUGACAAAUACUCAUCAGCUCACCCUGGUGCAGGGUCCCCCGGGAACCGGGAAGACCAGGACCAUCGUGGCGGUGAUCAGUGCCCUACUUGCGGUCAAAUCUCCACGGCGAAACCCGAGAACAGGGAAGGAGAACUCUCACGUCCCCACUGGUCGAUCGACUAAUAUGAGCGCUGCAGCCAGGACUUCCUUUGCAAUAAGCAAGUCAUGGCAGGAUGCCGCUAUAGCUAAACAGAUGAUGAAGGACAGUGAUUCCGGGUUUGGAGACGGUCCCAAACAGAGAGUUCUUGUUUGCGCCCAGUCCAAUGCUGCCGUAGACGAGAUUGUCGCCAGAAUAUUGAAGAAUGGUCUGUAUGGAGCAAAUGGAGCAUUCUUCAGACCGUCUAUUGUUAGGAUAGGGGCUGUGAAGUCGGUGCACCCGAACUCGCUGCCAGUUUUCAUCGACACGCUCGUCAAUCAGAGACUCGGAGCUGAAAAAGACGACGACGAAGAUGCAGCUGAGGAGAAAGCGCAAGCGAAGUUGAUGGAAUCAAGAGCAAAGCUUGAGGACAUUAUUGAGUUCAUUCAAGUGCUGGAAGCGUUGCUGUCUCAGGCCAAAGGCUUCGAAGAGAACGAAAAGACAGGACAGAAGCCUGUCAAUUUGGAGUCCGACCUAGCAAGCAAGGCUGCCAAGAUCGUCGCCCAAGGUCCAUCAGCGACCACAGGGAAGCUGAACCUGCUGUACAAGCAGCGUAGGGAGAUCUCAGCAGAGCUAGCCACGGCAGAGAAAGAAGGUAGGAAAUCAUGGGAGGAGUCUCAGAACAAACGGAAAGCCAUCAGGAAGCAGAUCAUCAGACAAGCGGAUGUUGUCGUGACCACGCUGAGUGGGUGUGGAGGAGACAUUUACACAGUCUGUAUGGAGUCCAUAGUCGGGGCAAAGAAACACAAGCCUGCGCAGGAGUGUUUCUUUGAUGCAGUAGUUAUUGAUGAAGCAGGUCAGGCACUAGAGCCUGCCACUCUCAUCCCUUUUCAACUGCUUACACAAGUCAAUGCUAGGUGUGUAAUGGUUGGAGAUCCGAAGCAGUUGCCUGCCACAGUUUUGUCUCAAAAUGUCAGCAAGAUGGCAUACGAGCGUAGUAUGUUUGAGCGGUUACAGCGGGCUGGCUAUCCUGUGACCAUGCUCAGUACACAGUAUCGAAUGCAUCCAGAGAUCCGUGAGUUUCCUUCAGCUCAUUUCUAUAAUAACCUGAUCACAGAUGGGCCAGGUCUGAAGGGAAGUAGGAAAGCAAUUUUCCACAGAGAGUCGUAUCUCGGACCCUAUGUAUUUUUCGAUGUGGUAGACGGUAAGGAAGGUGGAAGGGGUAACUCUGCUUCCCAGUCUAUCAGCAACGAGGCCGAAGUGGAAGUUGUUCUGCAACUGUACCUGACACUGAAGAAGAGAUACUCGGCUGAACUUUGGGAAGGGCGGGUUGGUGUCAUCACCCCCUACAAGCAACAACUCAGAUUGCUUCAGGAGCAAUUUACAAGAACGGUGGGUUCCAAAGCAGCUGCAGAUGUGGAGUUCAAUACCGUCGAUGGGUUUCAGGGUAGAGAGGUGGAUAUUAUUAUCUUAUCCACUGUGCGUGCAUCGCCUAAUUCGAACCAAAAGUCGGGAGGGAUCGGGUUUGUAGCUGAUGUUCGACGUAUGAAUGUUGCUCUCACGAGGGCUCGUUUUUCUUGUUGGGUUGUGGGGAACGCCGCCACUCUGCAAGCAAAUGCAUCGUGGGACGCAUUGUUGAGAAAUGCCAAGAAGAGGGCUCUUUUCUUCCCCAUUCAGAAACCAUAUUCAUCUUUCUUUCAAAAGAAAGGUUCUCCUCCAGUACCUGUUCCAGAUAAUCUUAAGCCAGAAAGUGCCAAGAGGUUAGCAGAUGAAGAAACCUCUGGAAGGAGGGCAAGUACCCAUGGUACAAGGGAAUUUCGCCCAGUUAAUAAUAGGAGGCGGGAGGAUUCUGAGAAAAGUUUUUCGGAGCCCGAAACGAGACCCCCAGCCGUUUCCACCUUGUUGUCGGGAUCCGUCGAGGAUGGUGGAAAGCAACCCUCUGUAGACAGAAUAGAAGUGAGGGGUGGGAAACCUGAUGUUCGAAGCAAGGAACUCCUGAAGUCAGGAAUUUCCGAGAAGCAUCCUUUGGAUGGAAACAGUCGGCAGCUACAACCUCGUGGAGCUGCUGGCGAGAUUAGGGAGGUAAAUUCAAGAGACUCUGAUAGCCGUAGUGUUAAGGGAGAGCUCAAGUCUCCAAAGGAAGAGAGGCUGAACGGAGGGCAGGAGGACAGAGCAAGAGAAGAAAGGAAAAGACAUCUAGUAAGAGUGGAGGGACAGACGGUCGGCCAUGGGACAUCAGAGCCCUCACAAAGACACGGUGGUGAUGCCAGUGAAGUACGUCCAGCCAAGAAAGUCAUCAGCACCGAGGCAAGAUCGGGUUUGGACCGUAGAAAACUAGUUUUGGAGCACUCUCCUACACCAGUAGCCGAUAACCCGCAAGGGAGGUUUCUGAACGACAGGAAGUACCCUGGAGAAUCUACGAGCAGUGAGGCUGGCAAGGUUUUAGUGGCCUCACGUGGACCCAGUGAUAGAAGUAGAACAGAUGAGGAGAAGUCUAGAGCUGACCAUCAGAAACGGAAAUCUAGUCUAGGCCAAGCUUCGAUGGAUGGGAAGUCACGCGAAAGAAGCAGAGUGGAUGACGAGAAGGCGAGAGCUGAUUAUGAGAUGCGCAAGUCUAGACAAGGCGCCCACGGUCCGAUUGGUGAGAAGUCACAGGGAAGAAUUAGAGCAGAUGAUGCGAAGGCUAGAGCUGAUUAUGAGAGGCGAAAGUCUACAAACUCUCAAGCUUCAUUGGAUGAAAAGACACAGGAGAGAUUGCGUCAAGCUCAGAAGUACAUGGAGAAGUCUAAGUCUGACCUUAGUCAGUCUAAGAGUGGAAAGAUGCCAGAGGUGGGUGUAGACAGACACAAAGAUCGUCGCAAUGAUAUGCACAGAAGAAGUUCAGAGGACAGCCGGGGAGACAGAUGUAGGCCGGACAGUGUAGUGACCAAUCGCGGAGAAGAGAAGCGGGUAGAAGACGGGGUCAUUUCUAGUGAGUUUGCCAGAGAAAGGAGAACGGGUGAUACUCGAGCUGCAGUAGACGCUCAGCGUCCUAUGCAGCAACAAGCAGAUUUCCAGAGUAGGCGGUCUGACCAAAGGAGUGUUUCUCAAGACAGGCGUACGAGCAGAGAAGACAUGCUUGCUGCACGGAAGAGACAGCGAGAAGAGGCGUCGGCCAUCAUGUCCUCGGGUUCGUUGCCGCCUUCUAAAAGGCAGUCUUCAUCAUCAGCUCAGCCCUCUCCUCUUAUGUCAGGUAAUGAAGAUCGAGCUGGUCAGCUCACCGCCGCAGAGAGGGCUGUUGAAUGGGAGCAAUUCCAGAGAGCUCAAAGAGCUUCAAAAUCCGGUUCUUCUAACGGUGUUCCCCAGGCCUAUCCAACGUCGCAUUCGUCUUCAGCUCCGUGUUCAAAAGCUAAUUCUGCCAGCAACGUUGGCAGGUCUCCUCCAGCAAAUACAACUUCAGCAUUAGAUAGUAUACUUUCAGGUUUGUCGAGUGUAACUCGUGCUCAAGCUAAAGGGGGUUACUCUCCUUCGAAAUCUAAAGAACAAACCGGUGACCCUAGUAGGGCCUCUAAACACCCAUGAGUACAUUCGUUUGGUCGGUUGUCGAAACAUUAUUGAGACAUUCCAGACACAUGCGCCGUUACGCAUGGGUCUGGAACGCCUAGACACUUUUUUCGACAGAAACAAGUCAGCUGUGUGGAAAGGUUCUUCACACUGCAAAAAUUUUGUUAGAGGUAUAUACUUAGUUGUAGUCUAGAGUCCUUUCAUGGUCAGGUUCCAUUUCGUAGUGUGAUUCAUUGUAGGAGAUAUUUUUUGUGGAACUGCCAAACAGUUGGGAGUGUACAAUAGAGAGAAGCUCGCCUCUUAGAUCCAUUCGUCCGGGGUUUUCUGUACCACGGAUCAAAGAAGGAAACCAGGAAAGAAGCUAUCAGCGGUAUGUAAGUCCCUGCAUGCUUGAAUCUUUGUCAUACUUCCGUGG